ACUCCUUUUUUCACACUUCGCUUCCAACUUCCCAAACACCUCUCAAGGGGAAACCCCAAAAAUGGCUCCUCCUUCUUCCUCCUCGUCUCUUCACCGAAUCCUCUUCCUUCUCUUCCUAAUCUCCGUCGCCGUCACCGUCAUGUCUUCCCCCGCCCACAGCCCCCGCCGCGUCGCCUCCCACAACUACAAAGACGCCCUCACCAAAUCCCUCAUUUUCUUUGAAGGCCAAAGGUCCGGCAAACUUCCCCCAAACCAGAGGAUGACUUGGAGAAAAAACUCCGGUCUUUCAGACGGAGCAGCCAUGAAAGUGGAUUUAGUUGGUGGGUACUACGAUGCAGGUGACAACAUCAAGUUUGGGUUUCCGAUGGCCUUCACCACCACGAUGUUGUCAUGGAGUGUGCUUGAAUUUGGGGGGUUGAUGAAAGGCGAGCUGGGAAAUGCCAAAGAAGCUAUUCGUUGGGCUACCGAUUAUCUACUCAAAGCUACUGCAGAACCAGAUGUUAUAUAUGUUCAGGUGGGUGACGCAACAAAAGAUCAUGCCUGUUGGGAGAGACCUGAAGACAUGGACACUCCUAGAACAGUGAUAAAGAUUGACAGAAAUACCCCUGGAACAGAGGUGGCCGCUGAAACAGCUGCUGCACUUGCGUCUGCUUCUUUGGUUUUCAGAAAGUCUGACCGGACUUACUCUAAGCUUCUACUCAAGAGGGCCAUUAGUGUGUUUGAGUUUGCUGAUAAGUAUAGAGGGUCCUACAGCAACGGGCUGAAAAAAUUUGUUUGCCCCUACUAUUGCUCCUAUUCUGGAUACGAAGAUGAACUGUUAUGGGGAGCAGCAUGGUUACAGAAAGCAACAAGGAGCCCGAAAUACCUCAACUACAUUCAAGCAAAUGGCCUAACCCUAGGAGCUGCUGAAACCGAUAACACAUUUGGCUGGGAUAAUAAACAUGCUGGUGCUAGGGUUCUUCUCUCCAAGGCUUUUCUAGUACAAAAGCUCCAAUCGCUCCAUGACUACAAAGGUCAUGCGGAUAGCUUCAUAUGUUCACUGAUUCCAGGGGCACCCUUUUCUCAAUCCGAAUUCACACCAGGGGGGCUUUUGUUUAAAAUGGACGACUCUAAUAUGCAGUAUGUGACGUCAGCUUCCUUCUUACUCGUAACUUACGCCAAGUACUUGACGCAAGCCCGGAAGGUUGUGAACUGCGGUGGGUCGAUUGUGACCCCUAAACGGCUUCGAGCGAUUGCGAAGAAACAGGUGGAUUACUUGCUUGGGGAUAAUCCGUUGAAGAUGUCUUACAUGGUGGGAUAUGGUCCACGAUACCCGUUAAGGAUCCACCACAGAGGAUCGUCACUCCCGUCUAUCUCUGCACAUCCGGCGAAGAUCGAGUGUGGGUCUGGAUUCUCGAUCAUGCAUUCGGAGAUUCCUAACCCGAAUGUAUUGAUUGGGGCUGUGGUUGGUGGACCGGAUGAGCAUGAUCACUUCCCGGAUGUCCGGUCUGAUUAUUUUCAGUCUGAACCGGCGACUUACAUUAACGCGCCACUUGUUGGGGCGUUGUCUUACUUGGCUCACUCGUUUGGGCAGCUUUAGAGGAAUUUGUCAACUAACUAAACGAUUGGAAGGUGGAAGGGUAAAACACAAUUAUUAAGAGGUAAUGGAUGGAAAAAAAAAACCAAAAUUCCUCGAGCCCUGAGAACAAAAAUGCAAUAUAUUUAUAAAUAUAUUAUUAUUGGAUGGAUUUACUAGUUUCAAGUGAUUUUUUCUUUAGCACAAUUCGAUGCAAUUAAUUGUAAGCUUGCGUACAAGAACCGGCGUUAUUAGUGUAGCCGUAUGAAUUCUCUCGCAUGAAUGAAUGUUUUUUAUUUAUGGUUUUUCUAGUA